AUGGCCAAGAGAUCUCCUGCGCCCCUGUACCCCCAGACCCAUGAGCGCACUCCGGGUCCAAGGGGUCAGGAUACCAGAGGCAACAAUGAACUGUUCCUAAAGGAGGUCUUCAAUACUACCAAUAAGUACAGGGCAAUGCAUGGCUGUCCGGCCUUAACCAUUAAUGCUGAGCUGAAUAAACUGGCCCAAGAAUGGGCUAAUCACCUUCGGGAUAAGAACAUAAUGGCACAUCGACCCAAUCCCCGGUAUGGCGAAAACAUUUUCCUUUCCGGCGGAAUGGAUGUGUCCGGAGAUUUACCAGUGGAAAUGUGGUAUCGGGAGAUGCAAAGCUAUGACUUUGCCAAGGGACAAUUUGCUCCCACUGCUGGACAUUUUACGCAGCUGAUCUGGAAGGCCUCCAAAGAGAUGGGUUCAGGUGUGCCCAGAAAGUGA